AUGUCUUCCGGGACCCUCAACUACCAAAUCAGAGCUCACAUGAGCCAGUUGGCACACAUCGACACGAAUCUUGCCCCUGCCGAUGGAAAGAAUGACCCCUUGCAGGCGACCAACACCAACUUCGAAGACGGAGCUCCACCGUCACCAAGCACAGGUGCCGCAGAACCCAACAGAUUCUGGAGCCCGGCUACUUCACCACUUGACGACAGCAGAGAGGACAGCUUUACCAGGUUCAAGACCGGCAUCCGCAUCUCGCUCAAGGGCCCCAGCCCGGCGCUGGAGCAGGACUCGGAGGAGUUCAAGAGGCAGGCCAGGGAGAUCAAGAGAGACCUGCGCCGGCUGUCGAAGUGCACCGUGAUCAACGCGCGGCGGAAGAGCAAGAGCCCGACGCGCUUCGAGCAGGAGAUCCGGCAGCUGGAGCACGAGAGCGAGUUCCGCCGCCGGCUGUCGGUCGAGGACGGCAGGGAGUUCCUGCUCGACUUCCUGCGGCACCACUUCGCCGACCACGUCGACAAGGUCACCAUCAAGAGCACGCGCACGAUCGAGGAGAUCAAGAUGAUCGGCAACGAGGGCCGCGGCACGGGCGUGCGCGCGUGCCGCCGCCUCUUCAACGCCCCCGUCAUCAGCGACCAGAUCGGCCUGCUCCUCUGGCAGGAGCUGCGCCAGGGCGACGCGCUCGACCACAGCCACGAGCUGCGGACCGACGACGAGGCCGAGCGCGACAGUGUGGCCCCCGAGGCGGUGAGGCGUCGGCGGGCCGAGGAGCUCGAGGCGCGUAUGGCCGAGUACAUGGCGCUCAAGCAGUCCCCCGUCUGCAACGGCGCGCUUGGCAUGCACGACAUGCAGAACUACUCCUGCGGGUGCCCAGAAGAUGUAGCACCGAAAGUAGCGACAGUAGCAUCAACAAUAGCAGCAGCAGAAGCAACAGAGGCAGUAUCCACCAACUAUGACGUCGCAGAAGCCAACCCUAGAGUAGCAGAGAUGGUGGCCACGGAAGCGGCGGCCGAGAACAUCUUCGCUGCGGCCGCCGAGUUGUCGGUCCCGAUGGACAAGAGGAUGGUGGAUGGGUUUCUUGAGGGCGUCAAGAAGCGUACCAUCAAAGGUGCAGAGUACUUCGCCGCAUCGCUAGCGACGGGGUAUGCAUGA